CAAUCUCUCUUUUCCCAUCUUCCUCUAGUGCCCACCUGGAUCCUGGCACUCUCCUUGAGCCUGGCUGGAGCCUUCCUCCUCCUCGCUGGGCUGGUGACCAUUGUGUUGGUCGUCAGGAAAGUUAAAGUAAAACACUUGCAGAAGAAACGGGAGCGAGAAUCCUGCUGGGCCCCGGUUAACUUCGCCACCACAGACAUGUCCUUCGAUAACUCCCUGUUUACCAUCUCCGCCCUGGCACCCACCAUUCUACUUUCUGUCGCUUCGAUGGAUUUGCCUAUUCUGGAUUUUACACAGAAAUUAUGCCAUACAGUGUUCAUAUUUAUGAGUCGUAGCCACCCCGGGGGGGUGUUGGCAUUCUCCCCCAUUGUACAAAAGGGGAAACUGAGGCCAAAGAGGGUGAUCACACCCCUAGGAAGAGGGGGAGCUGCGAUUCGAUCCCAGGCUGUCUGGUUCCCUAUUCAGCAGAGAGGAAGGCAGGACAGACAGCAGGAUCAGGGCGCUGAAGCUCUGUGUGUGUGGGGUGAGAAAAUGACUUCAGAAGAAGACGCAGCCACCCAGGAUGCUCCCUCAGGCUCUGCUGCGACACCUGGCAACUCUGGAAUCUGGAAGAGGCUCCCCUCCACGUCAUCCUCACCCGAGCCCCCAGAAUUCAGCACAUUCCGGGCCUGCUAGGGGAGCCCUUCCCUCUGUCUGUGUGCCCUCCGUUCAGCUCUCCCCCUUGAGCUGGCUGGGCUUUGUAGGGUCUCAGUUCCUUCCAGCUACCUUGGGGACUUCUGGCUGCUGCUUCCUCAGGGCAGUGAACAGAGGAAAUGAAAGGGAUCCCCUAGCCUUGGGACCUUCCUCACAGAGGAGCAGGAGUGGGAGAGGGGAUGCAAGCAUCGGCCUGGAGGCUGGACAGAAAGCAGGAAGCCUCUCUGGAUUGCCAGCUUUUCAGACCACCACGGAAGGAGCUGUUAGGAUCCCUUAGCUGGGCCAUUAUGAAGCCUGAGCUCUCCACACACCCCUCCGCUUUCCUUCGUCCCAUGCCACACCUGACUUAGGUUUUUGGAGCAUAGGGUACCUGGGGGUUAUAUUCUAUGUGUCCUGCUGGCAUGCCUAAGUUAUUAAUUAUAAUGCUUGG